GAGUCACUGCGUCCUGGCAGCAGAAGUUGCACCAAGUCCAUGUCGCUCACGGUCGUCAUCCUGGCCUGUCUUGGGUUCUUCUUGGACCAGAGGGUGUGGGCACACGUGGGUGGUCAGAACAAACCCUUCUGCUCUGCCUGGCCCAGCGCUGUGGUGCCUCAGGGAGGACACGUGACUCUUUGGUGUCACUAUCGUCCUGGGUUUAACAUCUUCACGCUGUACAAGGAAGACGGAGUGCCUGUCCCUGAGCUCUACAAAAGAAUAUUCUGGAACAGUUUCCUCAUUAGCCCUGUGACUGCAGCACAUGCAGGGACCUACAGAUGUCGAGUUUUUCAUCCGCACUCCCCCACUGAGUGGUCGGCACCCAGCAACCCCCUGGUGAUCAUGGUCACAGGUCUAUAUGAGAAACCUUCUCUCUCAGCCCAGCCGGGCCCCACGGUUCCCACAGGAGAGAACGUGACCUUGUCCUGCAGUUCCCGGCGCUCCUUUGACAUGUACCAUCUAUCCAGGGAGGGAGAGGCCCAUGAACUUAGGCUCCCUGCAGUGCCAAGCGUCAAUGGAACAUUCCAGGCUGACUUCCCUCUGGGCCCUGCCACCCACGGAGGGAACUACAGAUGCUUCGGCUCUCUCCGUGACUCUCCCUAUGAGUGGUCAGACCCGAGUGACCCAUUGCCUGUUUCUGUCACAGGAAACCCUUCAAGUAGUUGGCCUUCACCCACUGAACCAAGCUUCAAAACUGGUAUCGUCAGACACCUGCCUGCUGUGAUUAGGUACUCGGUGGCCACCAUCGUCCUCACCAUCCUCCUCUUCUUUCUCCUUCGUUGCUGGUGCUCCGACAAAAAGAAUGCUGCUGUAAUGAACCCAGAGCCUGCGGGGGACAGAACAGUCAACAGGGAGGACUCUGAUGAACAAGACCCUCAGGAGGUGACAUACACACAGUUGGAUCACUGCGUUUUCACACGGGGAAAAAUCACUCGCCCUUCUCAGAGGCCCAAGACACCCCCAACAGAUACCAGCGUGUACAUAGAACUUCCAAAUGCUGAGCCCAGAUCGUUGUCUCCUGCCCACGAGCACCACAGACGCCUGGAGGGGUCUUCUAGGGAGACAACAGCCCUGUCUCAAAACCGGCUUCACAGCUCAGUGCCAGCAGCUGGACACGUCAACUGCAUGGGCAGGGCGCCAGAUAACAUCCUGUGCGCUGCUGAGCUGAGCUGGGGCGCGGCCGCCUGUCUGCACCGGCAGCACCAUGUCGCUCAUGGUCGUCAGCGUGGCGUGUGUUGGUCUGGAGUGGAGAUACAGGUCUGGAGUGGAGAUAUGGGCCUGGAGUGGAGAUAUGGGCCUGGGGUACAGAUAUGGGCCUGGAGUGGAGAUCUGGGCCUGGAGUGGAUAUCUGGGCCUGGAGUGGAGAUAUGGGCCUGGAGGGGAGAUCUGGGCCUGGAGUGGAGAUAUGGUCCUGGAGGGGAGAUCUGGGCCUGGAGUGGAGAUAUGGUCCUGGAGGGGAGAUCUGGGCCUGGAGUGGAGAUCUGGGCCUGGAGUGGAGAUACGGGCCUGGAGUGGAGAUACAGGUCUGGAGUGAAGAUAUGGGCCUGGAGGGGAGAUCUGGGCCUGGAGUGGAGAUAUGGUCCUGGAGGGGAGAUCUGGGCCUGGAUUGGAGAUAUGGGCCUGGAGUGGAGAUAUGGGCCUGGAGUGGAGAUCUGGGCCUGGAGUGGAGAUAUGGGCCUGGAGGGGAGAUCUGGGCCUGGAGUGGAGAUCUGGUCCUGGAGAGGAGAUCUGGGCCUGGAGUGGAGAUAUGGGCCUGGAGAGGAGAUAUGGGCCUGGAGUGGAGAUCUGGGCCUGGAGUGGAGAUACGGGCCUGGAGUGGAGAUAUGGGCCUGGAGUGGAGAUACAGGUGAUCAGGACAAGCCCUUCCUGUCUGCCUGGCCCAGCCCUGUGGUGCCUCAGGGAGGACAUGUGACUCUUCGGUGUCACUAUCGUGGUGGGUUUAACAACUUCACUCUGUACAAAGACGACAGAAGCCACAUUCCCAUCUUCCACGGCAGAAUAUUCCAGCAGAGCUUCCUCAUGGGCCCUGUGACCCCGGCACACGCAGGGACCUACAGAUGUCGGGGUUCAUACACGCACUCCCUCACUGAGUGGUCGACUCCCAGCAACCCUCUGGCGAUCAUGGUCACAGGACAAGGAAGAACCUCCCUGAAGAAACUGCCUCUUCUCCUUCCAGGUAAAUAUGAGAAACCUUCUCUCUCAGCCCAGCCAGGCCCCACGGUUCAGGCAGGAGAGAACGUGACCUUGUCCUGCAGCUCCCGGCGCUCCUUUGACAUGUACCAUCUAUCCAGGGAGGGGGAGGCCCGUGAACUUAGUCUCUCUGCAGUGCGAAGCGUCAACGGAACAUUCCAGGGCGACUUCCCUCUGGGCCCUGCCACCCACGGAGGAACCUACAGAUGCUUCGGUUCUUUCCGUACCACACCCUACAAGUGGUCACACCCGAGUGACCCACUGCCCGUUUCUGUCACAGGAAACCCUUCACGUACUUGGCCUUCACCCACUGAACCAAGCUCCAAAACUGGUAUCCCCAGACACCUGCAUGUUCUGAUUGGGACCUCAGUGGUCAUGAUCCUCUUCACCAUCUUCUUCUUUCUCCUGCAUCGCUGGUGCUCCAACAAAAAGAAUGCUGCUGUAAUGGACCAAGAGCCUGCGGUGAACAGAACAGUGAACAGGGAGGACUCUGAUGAACAAGACCCUCAGGAGGUGACAUACGCACAGUUGGAUCACUGCGUUCUCACACGGGGAAAAAUCACUCGCCCUUCUCAGAGGCCCAAGACACCCCCAACAGAUACCAGCGUGUACAUAGAGCUUCCAGAUGCUGAGCCCAGAUCGUUGUCUCCAGCCCAGGAGCACCACAGACAGGCCUGGAGGGGGUCUUCUAGGGAGACCACAGCCCUGUCUCAAAACCAGCUUGACAUCUCCAAUGUACCAGCAGCUGGAAUCUGAAGUCUCGACUCUGCAUCUUAGAGCAUUGCUCUUCCUCACACCACAAAUCUGUUGGCUCUCUCUUGCUUACCAAUGUCUGUGGUUCCCACUGCCUGCUGCAGAGAAAACGCACUCCUUUGCUUAGCCCACCAUUCUCCACUUCACUUGACCCCUGCCCACCUCUCCAAACUAACUGACUUGCUUCCUAGUCCUACUUGAGACUGCAGUCACACUGAGGAGCUCACAAUUCCAAACAUACAAGAGGCUCUGUCUUAACACGGCACUUAGACUCAUGCUGUUCCACCUUCCCUCAUGCUGUUCCACCUCCCCUCAGAUGAUUUUUCAGUCUUCUGUCAUCAGUAAAGCUUAUAAAAAUUUGUUGUGAU